UGUCGUCAGACGUGUGCGUCCACGGAGGAAGUAAUGCGUUUAAUUGCGAGGGGCACCGCAGCCGUUUUUUUUGUUUGUUUGCAAUUGACUUUGUCGUGCAUCUGCUGAUCCAGGGGACUUCAUUGGUAACCCGCGACGGCACUGGAGACGCCCAUGUCCGUGUACUUCACCCUCGUCCUCUGUGCUAACUCCCCAAGCCUAACUUAUUUCAGCCUAGCCUUGAUCGUCGACGAGUUUCCAAGGUUGACUGACAUGCCGAAACUCAUUGGCUCUUUGAUGAGGUGACACAGACGAUUGUAAAUUCCAACUCAGUUGGUGGAGGAGGAGGAGGAGACGAUGAUGAUGGUGGUGGUGGCAAUAAUGAUGGUGGAAAAAAGGAGGGCGCCAUGACAGUUACGCGUUGGGAUCGUGCGUCUUCAAGACUGCACGGCGUGCUAUGCCUGACAACUACGGGUAUCCCCCAGGGCUUUGUGAAACGCCUUGGGGGGAAACUAUCGAGCGGGCGGCAUUGGGAACGGGCCAAACGGGCAAGCGGCGUGGAGGGAGCUGAAGGCCAAGUACGCCUGUCGGCGAGUCAUCCGCGACGCUUGAACAACACUCAAAUGUCUGUCGGGCAAGACCCGGACGAGUUCCUGAACACACUGCAUCAGCUUCGCACGGACCUGCAGAAGGAGCACGGAGAAGUUGUUUCUGAUGACGAGCUUGAGUUAAUGGUUAUCGAACACCUCACCGAAGAGUACGAUUUCGUGAGGACGUUGUUCGUGACCAAGGACCCCGAGUUCGGCCUUCCCCUGAUCGAGGCCACUAUGCAGCGGACGUAAAUGCGUCGGAGCCACCAAGCAGCCAAUACUCGAAACGAAACUGGUUACUGCUGUUGUGAGCCGGGGGACAUCAAGGCGAAUUGCAGGGCCCUGCAGAAGAACGCUGGCGA